AUGGCACCCCUAAACUAUACAGAAGUGGUUGAAAUUGUAGUUUUGAAUAUAAUAGCGAAUAUGAAAAUCUUAAACACUUUGAAUAGUUUCAAUUUCAAAAAAGAAGUCUAUGAUCAUUUUGGAAUCCAAAAUUAUAAAAUUUUCAAGUUGAAUUAAGUGUAGAUGAAAUAAGGACGAAUAAUAUAAAAUGAGUCUAAAUGA